CAGCGCGAUUGCGCGGACCCGUACGUGAGGAUUUGCGCCCUUUCCCCUGGGCGCGAGUGGGCGGGGCUUGUCGUCCUGACAACGCGGGAGCGUUCGUCCGCACGACGACUCUGAGCUCCGAUUUGGCCGCCUGCAGAGGUUGUGCUCGCUGCAGAAUGGGUCCCAAAGCAAAAAAGUCUGGCAGGAAGAAGAAGAAAGUCACCAAAGCUGAACGAUUAAAGCAGCUACAAGAGGAGGAGGAAAGACGGCAAAAAGAGGAAGAGGAAGCCCGUGUGAAAUAUGAAAAAGAAGAAAUGGAAAGGCUUGAACUAGAACGGAUUGAGAAAGAAAAAUGGAAUCAACUCGAAUCAAAAGAUCUAGAAAGGAGAAAUGAAGAACUUGAAGAACUUUCUUUAUUAGAGAGGUGUUUUCCUGAAGCAGAGAAAUUGAAACAAGAUACUAGAUUGCUUUCUCAGUGGAAACACUACAUUCAGUGUGAUGGGAGUCCUGAUCCUUCAAUAGCCCCAGAAAUUAAUACUUUCAUUAGUCUAUGGAAAGAAGAAACAAAUGAGACCUUUGAGGAAGUGAUUGCAAAGAGUAAACUAGUGCUAAAUUUAAUUGAGAAAUUGAAAUUAAUUUUAUUGGAAACGCCACCAUAUUAUUUGGAAGAUAAAAAUAUAAUACAAUACCAAGGAUCAGUUCUAGAAAUGCAGGAGCUCCUUCAUCUUAAGUUUAAUAUAGCCACAGAAAUACUUCUCAGACAAGCUAGUACAUUAGCAGAUCUGGACAGUGGAAAUAUGGAAAAAGUCAUUCAAGAUGAAAAUGUUACUCUAUAUGUGUGGGCAAACCUCAAGAAGAAUCCAAGGUACAAAAGUGUCAGAUUCUCUGAAACACAAACUGGAUUUGAAAUUCCAAGGAUUUUGGCAACAAGUGACAUUGCUUUGCGACUCCUACAUACACACUAUGACCAUGUCACACCACUGCGCCCCAUCUCAACAUCAUUCCAAGGACAUACUACCAGAAUACCACAGUUUGUCAAAGAUGAAGUCAAGAGUGUAGAAGCAGCAAUCAGCAAAGAGCUCCCAGAAGAGAGUAAACAACUAGAAAAUGAGUCUAACUCUGUUCACGAAGAAGAAGAAACAAAAUGUGAGGAACAAGGUGAUAUUGAAGUACAAACGAGUUUUGUCCAGGAAGAAUCUGACGCCACAAAAUGUGAACUGGAGAUGAAAUUAUUAAGUGAAACAGUUUUAUCAGCACAGUUGUUGCUGAUAGAGAAUGCUACUGAAAAACUGACUUUCUUUGAAGACAAUGAGGUCGACUUAUGCCAAUUCACAACCCUGGGUGGAGUGUACCACUUGGAUAUUUUGGAGCUUCCCCCACAGUAUAAACCAAUGAAAAGCUGGAUGAUUGUAGAAAUACUCAAAGAAGGAUUGCAGAAAUACAUAUAUCCUCCAGAAACUACUGAAGAUGUAGAAACAGAAAAUGCUUUCCCACCCAUAGAGGUCACGCUUGAGGUUCAAGAGAAUGUAAUCUUUUUUGAGGAUCCUGUGGUUGCAAGGUGGGAUGCUGAAGGUAAACAUUGGCAAACUGAUGGCAUCAGCAAUGUCUCUUAUAAAUCAGAAGAAAGACUUAUAACAUUCAGCCUAGAAACGUUUGGCCCUAUUACCUUGAUUCAAGAUACUCAUGUUAAUAUGCCCUUCCAGUCAUGGGAACUAAGACCACUUGGUGUGAAUAAAGUACUUUUGACCGUGACUACAGUAUUUACUGAAGUUCAAAUACAAAUUAAGGAAGACCUCUGCAUGUUAGCAUCAAUCAAACUAAGUGACAAAAAGCAUUCAUCUACUUUGGAAGGAAAAUGGAUGACUCCGAUUUCUUUCAUUUUUGCUUUGAAAGAAACUGGAUUAAAUAUCUUCCCUAGUGGACACUCUCAUUUUUAUGUUAUUAUAAAUUAUAAGGAUCCUUUGGUGGAAUUGAAAGCUUAUCGACAACUGGCCCUGCUAAGUUCUGCUUUUGCAUUUGGUUGGAGCAAGUGGAACGCAGUAUGUACUUCAAAAAAAGUUAUAGUUAAGCUGAGUGAACACCUUACUGAAGAACCUAUUCAGAAUCCUAAUUGGACCCUUUUAAUGUUUAGUGGUAACAGAGCACAAAGGCUCAAGAUCAACGAAAACAGUGAGACAUUCUCUGAAGCCCUUAAAGAAGAAACUGAGUUUCAUUCUACUUUAUAUCACAUGGUUAAGGAUUUUGCUUCCAAAGAAGCCAUGGAGAAAAUCAGGAGCUCCAACUGCCAGUUUAUUGACUCUGUGUGUUAUAUGCUACUCUCCACUAGAUUACUCAGCUAUUCUUAAUCCCCACUGAUAAAUUUUAUGCAAUAUGAAGAAUCAAGCAACUUGGAGCAAAAUCAGGUAUUUCUUCAAUAAAAUGUAAUGAGUGACUAUAUUUCAGGACCUUAUUAAAAUCUCAUAAGCAUUUUAUUCUCAAAUUUUAUUUUUUAAAAAGUAGGGUUUUUUUUCCCCCUAUGGCUAUUUAGCUUACUGAAACUUUCACUUUUCACUCUAUGAAGAUUUGAGUGGUUCUUUAUUUCAAUACAUUUUAACAAACAAUAUAUAAUAUCUCCUCCUCAAAAAGCUCAUUAAAAGAUCAUAGGCAGGCUUCCUCACCAUUGUAUUUUAGAGAGGAAAUCACAGAAAGAGGGAGUAUAAAAUAUCUUACGGUCCUUCUGAGACCCUCUGGUUCUAAGCUAUAAUUUCCCAACUAAAAAUGACUUAAUUUACGAAGUUCAGUUACUGAAACUUUAAAAAUCAAGACACACACACACAGUAAGAUAUGCUGUAGUCACACUGGUGGUGGUCCAUUGUGUUGGAGUCUGGUAAAUGGCCACAAGAUUUGUUCUAGAGACAUCCAGGAGUCCCCAUCUGGUGUGGGAGCAGCAUCCACAGACUUUUGGAAAAAUCGUCCUGUGAGGAAGCUCAUCAAAGCUGCAAACAGUACGAUGAAUGCAACAGAAAGCCAGAGUGCCUUAUUUGCUUUUGUGAUGGAAGUCGUGAGAUUUGUUGCCCAGGAAGCUAUUGUGUCAUAACUAUAAGGAAAAUACAAAUUCAGAAUUUGUUAAUAGCAAUAUUAAAGAAUAUUGCCAGCAAUACCAAUCAAGUCAUCGAUCUGCCCUACAUACCACAAACAUUGCCUUGUGAUAAGCUACGUAAUGAUCUGCUCUCUUGGUUUGGGCCACAAUUUGCACCCCACCCCCCCAAUAAUUUUUAGAAUUAGAGAAAUUAUUUAGACUUAAAUGCAAUGAUGAUGAUCAGAUCAAUGAUGAUCUGAAAAUUGGGUGACUCAGGUAUUAUAUUUGAGUAUUUAUCUCAUUGUUUCAAUCAGGUAAGGCAACUUAAAUCCCUAUAGUAGAAACAAAAAUGUUAUCUACUGGGUAGAGUAUGGUGUGUGUGUGUGUGUGUGUGUGUGUGUGUAUCACUUAUUUCUCACCAUAACCUGGAUUUUUGCUCUAUUGAAAUA